AUGGACUUCGCGGGUAGUGACUCCGCGUCUGUAAGCGGAGCUGGGACCAGCGAAAUCGAAGACAAAGAUGCCUACACUGUCGGAUGGAUCUGUGCCCUCCCAUUGGAGAUGGCGGCUGCCAAUCUGAUGCUGGACAAGAUUUACGACAUCCAAAUCGAGCAAGAUAAUGCCGACCACAACAGCUACAUCCUAGGCUCGAUGCGGGGCCAUAACGUGGUCAUCGCAUGUCUCCCAGAUGGGAUUUAUGGGACAACCCCCGCUGCCACAGUCGCCAAAGAUAUGCUCCGGACUUUCGAAUCGAUUCGAUUCGGUCUACUGGUUGGGAUUGGAGGUGGAGCACCGUCUUUAGAUAACGACAUUCGACUUGGCGAUGUCGUCGUCAGCAAGCCUACCGGUACCAGUGGAGGUGUCAUUCAGUAUGAUCGGGGAAAAACAACACAGCACGAGUUUGAGAGAACUGAGUCGCUUAAUUCUCCGCCUAACGUGCUGCUUGCGGCCUUAAACCGUCUUAAGGCUCGUCAAUUACUCGGCGAAAGUGGCAUUCCCCAUUCCUUGUCUGAGGCAGCGGAAAAAAUAACAAAACCGAGGAUCAGACAGAAAUUCACUUAUCAGGGCGAGUCAAACGACAGCUUAUUUCAGGCAGAGUACGAUCAUGUCAAUGCCGACUCUAACUGUGAUGCCUGUGACCCCACGCAGACGAUACAGCGGGAGGAUCGAGAUGACACUGAUCCAGUGGUCCACUACGGAAACAUCGCCUCAGGAAAUCAAGUCAUCAAGCAUGGAAAGACUCGAGAUCGUCUGAGAAAGGAACUCGGGGUGCUGUGCUUCGAGAUGGAGGCUGCAGGACUGAUGCAAGAGUUUCCCUGUCUGGUGAUCCGUGGUAUUUGCGACUACUCGGAUGCGCACAAGAACAAAAGAUGGCAAGAAUAUUCUGCGACAACAGCUGCAGCAUUUGCGAAGGAGCUUUUAUCGAUAGUAUCUCCUAUGCAGGUCAAAAGGGAGAGUAAAGUUAUAAUUGACCCCAAACUCUACAUCUCCGUGUCUCAGUUGCGAAACGACAUACGGCAUCAAGGGCAAGAGCAAGAGGCUCGUAUCAAAGAUGAGAAGGAUCAAAAGUGCCUAAGAGCACUUUCUCGAACAGACUCUUUUGUCGAUAAGGAACAUAUAUUAGGGAAAAAGGGCAGACUUCUCCGAAACUCAUAUCGUUGGAUCAUCGACAAUUCCCAGUUCAAGCAGUGGCGUAACAGCACGCAGAGCCGUCGACUAUGGAUCAAGGGUCAUCCAGGCAAGGGGAAAACGAUGCUUUUGUGCGGUCUCAUCGAAGAGCUUGAGAACAGUAACAAAUUGUGCUACUUUUUCUGCCAAGCCAGUGAGGAGAGACUGAGGACUGCCAAUGCCGUUUUACGCGGACUCAUUCUUCACCUAGUGCGACAGUACCCGAAACUCAUUUCGCAUGUUCGCGACGAAUAUGACAGCAAAUUCGAAGCGACCUUUGAAGGCUACAACGCGUGGCAGUACUUGUGCAAGAUACUUGAGUCCAUGCUGCGGGAUGAUUAUCUGGGCGAAGUCUUGGUCAUUGUGGAUGCCCUCGAUGAAUGUACGGACUUGGAAGAUCGCAAAAGGCUUCUGAGAUUUCUGUGCAAGAUAUCGGCUCAUUAUCGCGCGAAGUUGGUACUGUCUAGUCGUAACUGGCCGGAUAUCCAGAUGGAGCUUGGGAGGCAAGAAGAUCACGCAGUGACUAUUUCUCUGGAGCUGAACGCAAAUAGUGUCUCCGAUGCUGUACAAAGCUACAUUGAUCAAAAGAUGGAAGAUCUCGCCCAGAUUAAGCCCUACAAGGACAACGCCGAUCUUUGUUGCCUCGUUCGAGAUCACCUCAUUCAUAACUCUGACAGCACGUUCCUCUGGGUCGCUUUGGUCUGUCAGGAGCUUUCUGGCAGCAGAGCAAAAAGCCGACGCAAGGUUAACAGCAUUCUCAACCGAUCUCCGUCAGGUCUUGAUGAUCUUUACGCCCGGAUGAUUGAGAACAUAUUCGAUUCCGAGGAUUCAGAGGAAUCAAUGUUGUGUAUGGAGAUUCUGGCCGUUGCAUCAGUGGCGAAACGCCCUAUUACAUUUCGGGAGCUCUUCCACACCAUCACCUUGUCGCUGUACCAAGACUUGGAGCCAGAGGAAUUGAAAACCGUCAUCGAGUGCUGCGGCUCCUUCCUGAACAUACAAGAAGACACCAUCUACUUUGUUCAUCAGUCAGCUGUGGAAUUCCUGCACAGCGGUACCUCGAAACUUCCCAAUGUUGCGGAGCGGCAUUACUCCAUGUUUUGGAAUUCUCUGGACGCCUUGAGCUGUUCAAAACAUCUCAAACGCGAUAUUUAUGACUUGAAAGCACCUGACGUCUCUUGCGCAGAUAUCAACCGCCCAACCGCAGAUCCCAUAUCUACUUUGCAUUACUGCUGCGCCUACUGGGUUGACCAUUUGGUUGAUUGGGCUGGCACCGAAAGGGAAAUAUCAACUCCACCGUCGUCCUUGAUGAAUCCCGAUGUCAUUGGCAAGAUUCAGAGCUUCCUCAAUGACAAGUUUCUCUAUUGGGUAGAGGCCCUGAGCCUUCUUCAUCCUUAG